UGGCGGGGCAUGCCCGUGCCAGCCUCCGCACUGGCGCUUCCGGCUGGUCGGGGUAGUGUUGCGGACAAGCCGAGUUCAACUCGCGAACUCACUCGACUUGAUGAUCAAGUUCGCAAAACUCGGCUUACUUGUUGCGCAAGUCAAGUCGGCGAGUUGACUCUGGAGUUGGGGCUCCAUAUCUUACUAAUUUUCUCACGCACCAUAACGGGACACCAUCGCCCCCGCCCUUGCGCGGCCCGACGCGAUCGAUCCAAACGCGACUUCAAAUCGUCGAGACUGCGUCUCCCGCUGCGUCUCCCGUCGAGUUCUCCGCCACCCUGCUGUACGCGAAUGUUUCAUGCACUUCUGCGGCUCUCGCUCUGCACUGCAAGGACCCUGGGCCCAUGUACGCGAUUCGUCAAGCCGUUGGAUUGUGGGUUCUUGCGCGACGGUGUGGUGUGUGUUGCCGGUGGAUGUGUUUGAGGGAGGACGCGAUGCGCGAAGUGUACAGUACCCUAGGUAUCAGCUGAGUACCCGCCGUAUGUUCUUCUGAGUAUAUAUACUCGUUGCAAACACGCUAUUAUCCUGUUCGACUGGAC